CCAUCGCAUCCGUAAACUAAAAUUUAUUUGCUGGCAACAGAUGCUAAAAUGGUUUGUGUUAAUUUAUUUCACUUGUUGAACGAUGAUCAUCUCACGUGCAAAUUUUUAUUUUGUGAUAUUUUAUACAUUUUAUCAUGAUUUUGUUCUUUGGAUUUUCUCUUUUGAUAUAUAGUUUUCUAAAACAUAUCUUAUUAAUUUAGCCAAGUCAAAUUCUGGUGCUCGCUCUGUCAACUCAGAGACUGAGUUACUGAGUUAACGCUUAACACACUCGUCACUUUCCCAAAGGAAACAGUGACCGAGUGAGCUGAGUGGGUUAUUGUUUAUCUUUAAGUGAAUAUGAUGAUACUAUAAUUAUUGAUUUUAUUGAUUGUGUUGAUAAAUCAUUAGUCAGAAUCUAUAAAUACUAUUAUGCCAAUUAAUAAAUUAGGUUUAAUUUGACUUGGAUUAAGUUGGAUUUGAACUAGGCUAAACUAAAGAAGUCAGUCAGGUUUUGUGAGUCAUUCACACAGACUGGAGACUCUUUGAGUUAUUUGUGACAGUGACAGUAACUACUGGUCUACCUGGUCACUGGACUUAGAUAUUCUGGGCCCACAGUUUACCCUCUAGUCUAGCAACAACUCUAAUAUUUACUAAGAACAAAGUCAAUCUUAAACUUAAACAUUAAAUUUCAUUCAAUUUUUUAGUAAAUCCAAGAAGAAUGUGUUAUUUUUAAGAUAAUGCUGAUCACGACUCAGUGCUCUAUGACUAUUAGCAUUAGAUGGCAGGAUGAUAAUUCUGGUGAGAUUAGAUCUAGACAGUCUAGUAGAUGCAUUGAUACAGAAUUCAGUCCAGAAAUCAGGUUAUUUUUUGGAGCUUGGAAAAAAAAGAAAAAUAUUAAUAGUUAGGCCUAUAAACUAUAGAUAGAAAAAUAAUGUUUCAAGAAAUAAUUAUUGAUAGAUAGGCCUAUAAACUAAAAAUAGGUAUAUAUGUCAACGAAGUGUCUACACGUCCGGCGCGCCGGACAAAUAGUGCGCAAGAUAUACGUCCGGCGGCAUGUCACGUGACUGCCGGACGGCUAGUAGUUUUUAUAAUUCCGAACGAAGUGCAUGUUGGUAGAUCUUGUGUGGUCUACUGGUAAAGUGGUUCGCUUGAUGUUAAUAUGAAUUGAGGAUCAAUACCGGGGAUAAGUUCGUUUUUUUUUCUUCCCAUUUUAAUUAAAAAUAAUUUAUACUAUAUUUAUAUUAUCAUGUUCAUCAGCAACAGUAGUUUCAUGAGAAGUUUUUAAAUAUUUUGUAGCAAUUGAAACAAUUUAAAAUGAAAUAUUUUACUUUUAUUGGUUGCCUACUUCACACUGGCCCCUAAUUUAUUUUAUGGAUUACUGGUACACAAACUCAAAUAACAAACUAAACAAAAAUGUUUACAAGCCACUUUCACUUAAGUUUUUUUCUUUUAUUUGCAUUCAAGAUACUCAGUACAUUACUUGGUAGAGAAAUAGAUUUUAAAAUUAAUAAUAGUUUUGAAUCAAUCGCAGUCAACGUGACAAGGCUGCCUGACAAGAUAUCUCUCGCCACUUUGUUACGGCGGUCAUGUGACUUGGUCGCCGGACAAAUAGUGCGGGAGAUACACUGCCAUAUGUCAAACCUAUCAAUAUUAUGUGUAUAACAGCGUAUCUAACUGCCACCAAUAAAAAAAUAUAUUUUUAAAAAAAUCAUGAUUAUUUUUUGUAAAUUGUGUUAGCCAGUGACCCCGUAGAAAAACUCUAUUCCCAUUUGGGUUCACCACAUAUGGUUUGGGAUUCUGUGAAUUACUCUUAUUAUUGACUAGUACUAGUAAAUGUCGAAUAUAUUUAAUUAACACAUUGAUAAUCUAUUCAAACUGUUUAGACAAGAGGUCCCCACUUGUAUGGGUACUAAAAGAAUUACCACAAUUAUACAAACCCAAUCAUGUACAUUAAAAUUUGUCAGAAAUCCCUAGGUCUACAUUCUGAAUUAUUCACAUUACAAGUAUAGAACCUACAUCUUAUAUCUGUACAAGUCUCCAUUUAACAACUUUAAUAUCUUGAGGCACCAACAAAAAUAUAUUUUUUUUUAUAUCAUUUGUCAUUGCAAUUACUGAAUAAAGAUAGCACAUAGCAUUGUAUGUUAACUGCAAAUAAAACUAGGUACUGUUAUAUAUCUGUGUCACAGUCAGAACUAGGCAUCAAUGAGCAUCACCAGGCUCAGGUGAUAAACUAUAUUCGAUUUGCUCGCUACCAAAGAGCUCAGAGGCUCAGAGCUGUUGAUGUUUGCUUUGAAGAAUUAAAAGACAGCAGGUAAAUAAAGUGGAUUUAUUUAUUAAAUUUUUUUAAAAAUGUGUUUAUUUUAUUGUUUGUAACUUAUUUGUAAAUAAUUUUGUUUUGAAAAAGACAUGGAAAAAAGUUUUUCCAUACAUGUUCAUUUGUAUGAAAUGACAUGUGACAUGAGAGAGAAUAUUUCAGAGGUGUAAGCCACAAGAAAAAAAGAGGAUGGAAAUCCAAAGAAAUUGAUGGCUCCUAAAAGCAUUUUGUAAUUAGAAAUAAAAUAAUCCAAAAUGAAAGUGCUAUAAAAACCACAUUCAGCUUUCUACUUCACCAUUUUAGAUUGACAGAUGAAACUUUCACAGUUGAUGAAGUCACAGAUAUGUUGGAUGGCCUGCUGGCUGUGGUUAGGUCAGAGGUUGAAUCCGAGCUUAUCAACACGGCCCACACUAAUGUUCUCAUGACAAGACAGUUGUGCUUGCAGGCAGAAAAAUGGCAUCUUAAGCUUUCCACUGAUAUAUCAGAACUGGAAAAUAGGUGAGAUGCCUCUGAUCACAUUGAAACCCAUUUAAUACACUUGACAUGAGUUUUUAGGUUGUUGUUUUUAUUGAUAGUUCUCAUCAUCUUAAACUCUUUACUGCCUUUGACGUUGCUGUGAAUCCUCCCUAACUCUCAUAUCCUAUGGCCCACUUGAGGUGUUUUUGCCUGUUGCUCUAUAACUACAAUGCUCAUUCAGUGCCCCUAGCAGCAUCACUCCCAUUCAACAUGACUAAUAAAGAGUAAUGCAAUUCUCGAGAGAUCAUAACUCUUUUUUUAUGAAAUAUUUGUAUUUUGUUAGCAUUUUGUUAGCCUAUUUUGUUUAACAUUUUGAAAGUCUUGAUUAGGUAUAUGAGAGAGGUUGGCAACCUGGGAUUCUGGAAUAAAUAAAGCUUGUGUCUUUAUUAAAAAAUUUUUUUUUUUUUUUACUUAUCUAGAAUGCUAUUAAUACUUACAUUAAAAUUAAUAUAAGCUCAACGCAACCAAAAAAAAGUCACAUCAAAAAUAUCUUUUAAAUGAAUCAAAUAAGUAAUUUUUAUUUGUUUUUAGUUUAGCACAAGAAGUUGUUAUAAUAGAAAGAAUGAAUAAAUAUUCUAAUUAUAAUAUUUUUUGAGUGCUUUUUUAUAAGUAAAAUAUUAACCUAGCUGUCAAUUGCAAAUAUACUCUCCCAGUUCACCCCUGACUGCAACUCCCGUAAUAUUGCUGUAGCAGAUUUAUUUAAUAAAAUUACUUGAAAGUUUGCCAUUCCUUGGUUUACUAUCUUCAAAUAAUUCUACACAAAAAUAAUAAAAUGAAAGUAUAUUACCAGUGUUAGAUAGUAUAAGCUUCUAAAGUUUAUUUAUCUAAAUGAAAAGUAAAUUAUUAUUAUUAAAUUGGUCUUAUAUAGCGCGGUACCCCAGCCUAGGUACCCCUUCACAUAAAAAUUAGCAAAAAGAAAAAAAGAAACAUGACAUUAAAAAACAGUUACAUAAAAUUAUUCAUUGUCAAAAUAUAAUAUAUACCCAGUUCAUGUUAUUUUAUUACAUGCAUGAAAAAUAAUUUUGUAAAGAAAACACUUUAAAUCAGAUAAAAAUUUAUUCGAGUCCAUGCAUCUAGUUCUAAUCAUAAUUGAUUCUUGCCUAAUUUACAAUGUUUUUAAAUCAAGUCAGCUUAAGAAGGGUUAUAGCCAGAUUAACCCAUAUUGUUCACUAGUUGUAAUUUUUCAUGAAGAGCCUACACUUUUUAAAUAAAAUAAUCUCCAAAAAAAAAAUAAGGUUACUUAAAGCAUAAACAUAAACUUUGAAUUAUAAUAUCCCAGAGCAUUGGUAUAUUGUUCACAAUUUCAUGUCACUACCAUGGUCACUUUCAGCAUUAAUUACUAAAAGGUUAGUGCUAAUUUUAAUGUAAAAUUUCAACCUUGAGAUCAGCUAAAUCUAAAAUCACUUUUAAUUUUUGCACUUAUUUAAAUAGUUUCUGCAUCAGUCUGUUUGAUUAUUGUAUCCUCUAAGCAUGCUAAUCAAACUAAUCAAACUCCUUCUGCUUCCAUGGGCCCACGUUCUGGAACCAGCUCCCCUUCCAUAUACGUCAUAGUGAAACCUCGUCCAUUUUCAAAAAGUCCCUUAAAACUCAUCUGUUUAGGUCCGCCUAUGACCUGUGAACUCGUCCAUUUUCAAAAAGUCCCUUAAAACUCAUCUGUUUAGGUCCGCCUAUGACCUGUGAUGCACCCUCCUUGCCCUACCUAAUUUUCUGUUUCGGUUUAAUCCUGAAGUGUCAAAGUGUCCUCUUUUUAUAGCCAUUUUCAUUGUUUCUAUAGAAUAGUAUUUACUAUCCUAGUGUCUCAUUUGUAUUUACUUAGUUUACAUGUUUUAAUAAUUGUAAAGCGCUUAGAGCUUUAUGAUAAGCGCUAUAUAAAAAUGCCUAAAUAAAUAAAUAAAUAAAUAAUAGAGUGUCACAGAGUAUCAAAUGAAACAUUCCUAAUACAUAAAGAAGAAGGACUUUUUGGCAAGACGUUCAGUUAACCCAAAUAGUCACAUGAAUGGUAGUUAGGUUGCUGGGCACCCUUUAUAAGCAUAAACGUAGUAUAUUAGUUUCCUAGUUGGUUCUUGACUACGUUAUUGUUCUCCUUUCAAAAUUUUAUUUUUCUUCCAAUUUCGAAUUGAACAGAGAACUGUUAGAACAAAUCCGGGAGUUUGAAGAACGAGAAUUCUCAGGGGCAAAGAAGGACAAAGAUUUUGUGCCUAAGAAACUGAUGCCUAUCAAUGAUACGGGUCUGACUCAACUUUUAAAUACAGUAAGUUUAACAGUGACCUGCAACAGUGACCUGCAACAGUGAUCUGCAACUGGCUUUAACAGUGACCUGCAACUGAGGAGUUGUGGGCAUUUCUUUGGGCUUUGUUAUUUUUUUUAUGGUGUUACACAUACAUGGACUCUUCAAGCCUAAAUGACUUUUUUAAUGUAUAUACUUUGGGGAAGUCUGGGGCAAAGGAAGUCUUUAUUUAUGGUCACCAGCUUGCUUGAGGUGAUUUGCUUUAUCACUGGAUGAUGUCAUUGCAGGCUUCCAGGUGGUUUGGGAGUUUGUGCUGGCUUGUUUUUAUUGCCAUAAAAAGGCCCCGUGAAUGCAUAUCUUAACUGUGGCCCUGUGAAUGCAUAUCUUAACUGUGGCCCUGUGAAUGUGUAUUUUAACUGUGGCCCUGUCAAUGCAUAUUUUAACUGUGGCCCUGUGAAUGCUUAUCUUAACUGUGGCCUUGUGAAUGCUUCUCUUAACUGAGGCCCUGUGAAUGCCCUCAUAGAUUAACAAAACUUAUUUAUUUAUUUUAAUAGAAAAUUGAUGAACUGCUAUCUGAAAAUGAAAUGCUGUUGCAGAGACUAGCCAAGUUUGACAAAGAAGUGAGUGUUUGCAAAUUUCUAAUAGAACAAAUGUGUUAAGAACAAUAAAAUAACAUUUGAUUAGUCUUCAAACCUUACCAUUGUUAGUCUUUAGGUUAUAAAUAUACAUAUUCAUGAGAAAUAAAAUAAUUUUUGGCUCAUAGCUAUGAUUGUUAAGACUUAGAAAGUUAUGUUUCAAUAAAUUGUAAGGGCAGUGGUGCUUCUAUCUUUUAUAAUGAAGGGUAAACAUUGAAGAGCAAAAUAUUUUUUUUAAAAGGGUUUGCAUAUCAAUAUUUGCAUGUUCCACCAACCAGAGGCGUAGCAAGAUUGUAGCAAGACAUGGCUCCUGGUGUGGGCCCCAAGGGUGAGGCAAGACAUGGCUCAUGGUGUGGGCCCAAGUGUCUGGCAAGACAUUCCUCAUGGUGUGGGCCCCAGGUGUGUGGAAAGACAUCCCUCAUGGUGUGGGCCUCAAGUGUCUGGAAAGACAUCCCUCAUGGUGUGGGCCUCAAGUGUGUGGAAAGACAUUCAUCAUGGUGUGGGCCCUAAGGGUGUGGAAAGACAUUCCUCAUGGUGUGGACCCUAAGGGUGUGGCAACACAUGGCUCCUGGUGUGGGCCCCAAGUGUGUGGAAGGACAUUCCUCAUGGUGUGGGCCCCAAGUGUGUGGAAAGACAUUCCUCAUGGUGUGGGCCUCAAGUGUCUGGAAAGACAUCCCUCAUGGUGUGGGCCUCAAGUGUGUGGAAAGACAUUCAUCAUGGUGUGGGCCCUAAGGGUGUGGAAAGACAUUCCUCAUGGUGUGGACCAGGUGUGGGCCUCAAGUGUGUGGAAAGACAUUCAUCAUGGUGUGGGCCCUAAGGGUGUGGAAAGACAUUCCUCAUGGUGUGGGCCCCAGGUGUGUGGAAAGACAUCCCUCAUGGUGUGGGCCUCAAGUGUCUGGAAAGACAUCCCUCAUGGUGUGGGCCUCAAGUGUGUGUGCCUCAAGUGUGUGGAAAGACAUUCAUCAUGGUGUGGUCUCUAAGGGUGUGGAAAGACAUUCCUCAUGGUGUGGACCCUAAGGGUGUGGCAACACAUGGCUCAUGGUGUGGGCCCUAAGGGUGUGGAAAGACAUUCCUCAUGGUGUGGGCCCCAAGUGUGCGGAAAGAUAUUCCUCAUGGUGCGGGCCCUAAGGGUGUGGCAAGACAUUCCUCAUGGUGUGGGCCCAAGGGUGUGGCAAGACAUUGCUCAUGGUGUGGGCCCUAAGGGUGUGGCAAGACAUUCCUCAUGGUGUGGGCCCAAGGAUAUGGCAAGACAUUGCUCAUGUUGGGGCCCUAAGAGUGUGGCAAGACACUCAUUAUGUGGGCCCCUGGCAAAGAAGUUAAUUGCUGUUUUAAUAAUUUCAGCUGUACCAGGAUUAAAUUUUUGUUCUAAAUCUUGAUUUUGUAUAUAAACUAUUGGUUUCUCAAGCUUGAUGGGAAAAAAAGAGGGGGGGGGGAGGUUGGCAUUUCAGUUUUGAAUUUUUUUAUGUGUACCAUAUAUCCUUAGUACAUCCAGUCACCGACACACUCUACUUUCUGUAAUAGUUUUUCAGGACCACCAUCGAGCCCACUUUAGUUAUUUAUAAUAAUAGAUAACAUAUUGAAUCAACCACUUUGUUUUGAUUUGUUCUAUUAAUAAUUGGGGUUAAAAUCAAAUUUUACUCCUCACUUUAAAAUCCUGUUCUGUUCAGAGGAAUAUAUGAUCCACUCAUUAUAAUAAACAAAUCACUUAUCACCUUUACAGAACUAAAAGGAUCUUUACAAAUUUAUCAGACAUGUAUUUGAUUAAUUUUAUUAUUUUUUUUAAAAUACACUCAAAGUUCACCAGCAACUACCAAAGAACAAAGUCUUUAACAUCUGAUCUAGAGAGAAUGCAAGCAGAACUCAUGGCAAAAGGAACAAGGGUUAGUAGUUGUCUGUUGUUUUACAAAUGCAAAUACUUACUGAUAAAUGAACUGAUACAUUUCUUAUAUAAGCUAUCUCUUUUUAGAUGUUAAAUAUUAAUUUAAAAAAUGGCAUGCUGAUAGCUGAGCUACAAAUUUGACAACAUUUAAACACCUUUAGGAAAUUUGCACAAUGAUUUUGCUUAUAUUGUUGCAUGAUGGAAGUUUAGAAAUUCUAUAAAUUGAUGAGUUUCUUUUGAUGAGAUUUUUAAUUCCUUAUUUUCAAACUCCUUAAAUUGCCUAAAAAGUGCUAAAUAAAUACUUGGACUAAACUUGACCAAUAAAUCUCAUUUUUUAGCCCGGUGCCACACCAGAAGAAAUUUCAAACAUGAGCAGACAGAUGGCAGAGCUUCAACUGCAGAUCGAUCAGGUGAUUACUGUCAAUGUUUUGUUUGUGGUUGCUAAGCAACAAGACAAACAGGGGUUGUUUGUGGUUGCUAGGCAACAAGACACACAGGUGUUGUUUGUGGUUGCUAGGCAACAAGACACACAGGUGUUUGUUUGUGGUUGCUAGGCAACAAGACACACAGGUGUUUGUUUGUGGUUGCUAGGCAACAAGACACACAUGUGUUGUUUGUUUGUGGUUGCUAGGCAACAAGACACAUGUGUUCUUUGUUUGUGGUUGCUAGGAAUCAAGACACACAGGUGUUGUUUGUUUGUGGUUGCUAGGCGACAAGACACACAGGUGUUGUUUGUGGUUGAAAGAUAGCAAAAUGCACUGGUGUUAAUGUUAAAUGUUAAUUUUUGUGUGCAUAAGUGUAAACAAAGAAGGAAGUCAGCAAAACAAUUGUGUCAUACAUCAUUGGUCUCCAAACCAUUUGUUGGUCAUGCACACUUCCGCUAUUUGGAAAACUAAAAACUGAUCCCAGGAGAUUACAUUAUUUUUUUAAAGAUUUAAAAUUAUGAAUUCAUUAUCUGCGUGCCCAUGAGUUUGAAAAAAAUCAUCUCACUUUAACACUACUGCCAAAGAUGUGACCUUUGAAUCUUCUCACUUUAACACUACUGCCAAAGAUGUGACCUUUGAAUCUUCUCACUUUAACACUACUGUCAAAGAUGAGACCUUUGACUCUUCUCACUUUAACACUACUGUCAAAGAUGAUCUUCUUGAGUGUCAGCUGCGCAUCAUUUAAUUUUACUUUUAACAAUUUUUGGCCAUGACAAUUCUAUUCAAACUCGCUAAUCACAUAAGUCAGAUUUUACAUAUUUAUUAUUAAACAUUAAAAUCCUAAUAAAAUCUUGAAAAAGAAUUUGUUAAAGUUUGGUUAGAUGGUUUGACAAAAAGUGCACUUUUGCACUGAUGCAAGUUUUAAAUUAUGUUUUCAUGACCCUGAGAAGCUCUAGAUCUUCAAAAAAAAUUUUUUUUGUUGAAAAAAUAGACUUGUAUUCUUAGAGUUACGGCGAAAAUAUAAUUUACUUUGAAGGGUUUCAUUUCACUUGGGAUCAGGGAUCUUUUACCACUUUAGAUCAUUCAGCUGUUUGUUUGGUAGGUGCUUAAUGACCUCUAGUGCUGAAAUGGGUACAUUAGGAUACAUUAUAUCCAUUAAACUUACCCGUACCCGCACUAUGUGGUCUAAAUUUUAUGUUAUAAUUUUUCUCUUAAGGAGCGUAAAAAAGGCCAGAUAUCCGCGGAUCAAGCAGAGAGAGAAAUGGCCAAUACAAAACAUGAAUUACUGAGAAUUAGGGAGAUGUUAGAGUUAGCAGAAAAGGUAAGUUUAAAAAUCAUAAGAUGUACUAAAAAAAAAUAAUGUAGAAAAAUUGAUUCACAUGUUUGUGCAAAAUUUAAAGUCAUAUUGAAAUCUUGAACAAAAACUUUGUUUAUCAAUAUGUUUUAAGUAUUAAUUUUUUUCCACCUUGAAUUUUUAAAGAAAAACUAACUCUGAUUACUUGUCAUUUCAGGAACUAGAAAACUAACUCUGGUUACUUGUCAUUUCAGGAACUAGAAAACUAACUCUGAUUACUUGUCAUUUCAGGAACUAGAAAACUAACUCUGAUUACUUGUCAUUUCAGGAACUAGAAAACUAACUCUGGUUACUUGUCAUUUCAAUGACUAGAAAACUAACUCUGGUUACUUGUCAUUUCAGGAACUAGAAAACUAACUCUGGUUACUUGUCAUUUCAGGAACUAGAAAACUAACUCUGGUUACUUGUCAUUUCAGGAACUAGAAAACUAACUCUGGUUACUUGUCAUUUCAAUGACUAGAAAACUAACUCUGGUUACUUGUCAUUUCAGGAACUAGAAAACUAACUCUGGUUACUUGCCAUUUCAGGAACUAGAAAACUAACUCUGGUUACUUGUCAUUUCAGGAACUAGAAAACUAACUCUGGUUACUUGCCAUUUCAGGAACUAGAAAACUAACUCUGGUUACUUGUCAUUUCCUGAACUAGAAAACUAACUCUGGUUACUUGUCAUUUCAGGAACUAGAAAACUAACUCUGGUUACUUGUCAUUUCAGGAACUAGAAAACUAACUCUGGUUACUUGUCAUUUCAAUGACUAGAAAACUAACUCUGGUUACUUGUCAUUUCAGGAACUAGAAAACUAACUCUGGUUACUUGUAACUCUGGUUACUUGUCAUUUCAGGAACUAGAAAACUAACUCUGGUUACUUGUCAUUUCAAUGACUAGAAAACUAACUCUGGUUACUUGUCAUUUCAGGAACUAGAAAACUAACUCUGGUUACUUGCCAUUUCAGGAACUAGAAAAGAAAGUGAGUCAAACAAAUCCAUUUAAAAACCUGAAACAAAUGCUUCAAAGGAAAAAUGACCAGAUGAAAGAGUUAAGAAAACGCCUUAUGAAGUAAGUGUGUUGGGUUAUGAAGUAAGUGUGUUGGGUUAUGAAGAAAGUGGUUUGGGUUAUGAAGUAAGUGUGUUGAGUUAUGAAGUAAGUGUGUUGAGUUAUGAAGUAAGUGUGUUGGGUUAUGAAGUAAGUGUGUUGGGUUGUGAAGAAAGUGUGUUGGGUCAUGAAGUAAGUGUGUUGGGUUAUGAAGUAAGAGUGUUUGGUUAUGAAGUAAGUGUGUUGAGUUAUGAAGUAAGUGUGUUGAAUUAUGAAGUAAGUGUGUUGUGUUAUGAAGUAAGUGUGUUGGGUUAUGAAGUAAGUGUAUUGGGUUAUGAAGUAAGUGUGUUGGGUUAUGAAGUAAGUGUAUUGGGUUAUGAAGUAAGUGUGUUUGUUUUUCCUGGUUAUUUAUAAUGUAGUAUAUUUGAUGGUGUUAUUGAUGGGCCAAAAAUGUUAAAACUUAUGCUAGAAACAAAAAAUUUGUGAGAAAGGAGUUCAGUCAUUUUAUUAUUCAAAUUACCAUAAUUCACAUGCAAAUGUGAAUACAGCACAACUUAGUACUUUAAAUUAAAAACAAAGCAAAAAAACUUGUAAUUAUUCUGAGUCUACAAGAUCACACAUGAAAGUACCAAUAUCUUGAUAUGACCUUAUUUCAAUAAGUGAUAUUAUUUUCAUCAAGCGUGCAGAUCAACAUUUCAGUUAACAGGUUCAACUUUUGAGGCUCAAUCCAGCCGUUGAAUCUUGCAUAUGUUGAGACACAUAGACAUCUUUGACCCAUGGAACUUCAUAUGUUGAGACACAUAGACAUCUUUGACCCAUGGAAGUUCCCUGGUGAAAUUAUUUUAUGUCUCAUAGAACAUAUCUUGGAAAUUUUUUUUGCUUACACUCCAAAUGUUUCUUUCUUCCAAACAGAUAUGAAGAAGUUGAGGAUAACUAAGCCUGGUCCAAUGAACUUUAAUGAAAUUCAACAACAGAGACAGAAUACACACACCAGAAGCUACUGGACAUCCACUAAAUACAGUGUCCUGACCUAGUCUUUUAUUCAAACCUGCCAAUUGAUUUGUCAUUUUAAAAUAUUUUUUUACAAAACACUCUCAGAACCCCUUCAUGUUAAAACAGGAAUGUUUAAAUCCUGUAAUUAUGUUUGUAAAACUAUCUUUACUUUUUGCUUCUAUUAUCAUACGUAUUUUCAUUGUUACAUAGAUUCUAUUGAACAUCAAAUAUAUUCGAUAAUUACUAAUACAAAGCUUUUGUCUUUUUUCGCUACUUAAAAAUGAUGGUUGU